AUGAGUAGCACCGGACGUCCUGAUGAGUUGGAUGAGGACCGCCUCAACCAUCUUGUCCAUCAGAAUCCGCGAAGUACAACGAGAGAACUGCACAGGUUAUGCAGUGCUCCCACACCACCAUCGAGCGUCACCUGCACUCGAUGGGGAAGACCCAAAAGCUUGCUUGCUCGCCAUAAGUUAACUUAUGGCCACAAGCAACGAUUCUUAUAUCGAAUUGUGACCGGUGAUGAAAAGUGGUGCUUGUAUGUGAACAUGAAGCAGCGCAAGGAAUGGCUGAGCCCCAAAAACAGGCAACACCGCGGGCAAAACAAGAACUUCAUCCACGGAAAACGAUGUUGUGCGUGUGGUGGGACUGGAGAGGAAUCAUCCACCACGAGCUGCUUGAACGGAACCAAACCAUCAGCACGGAACUGUAUGUUCAGCAAAUGCAGCGGCUGA